AAUCCAAGCUUGGAGCUCAGACCACUCUACUUCGUCCUCCCUCCACCGAUGGCCCUCCCCAAGCUUCUCCUCUUCCUCCUCCUCCUCGCCCUCGCCAAUGCCGGCGAACCCCGCGAGGAAGGCACCAGCUCGAGAAGCCUAGUGGGGGACUCGGUCGCCGAGUGGCCCUCCUCCUUCCCGUUCGCCCAUUUCGAGAAGAACGACGACGACGACGACGACGACUUCGAGCUGUAUGGGGAAGAAGAAGAAGAAACGGAGGAGGAGCUGAGGAGCAAGAGACGGCGGCGGCGGCGGCGGAGCCAUCCGGUGUUCUUGCCGCCCCAGGCCCGCUACUUCAUCUCCUACGCGGCGCUGUCGGCCAACCGCGUCCCCUGCCCGCCGCGCUCCGGCCGUUCCUACUACACCCACAACUGUCACAUGGCGAGGGGACCUGUCCACCCUUACUCCAGGGACUGCGAAUCCAUCUCCCGAUGCAGGAGGUGAUCAUCAUUGGCCAUGGCGGAGAAAGCUCUUGUCACAUAAUUUACUACUACGCUUCUGCUUCUGCUCCAGCUCCAGCUCCACUAUUUUACCUGCAUUUCUGUGAUGCCAUCGCUAUUCUAUCUAUCAAUGUUUUUGUUCGUCUACUAGUAAGUUAUGAAGAUCCAGCGCUAAUUUCAUUGGA